UUUCGACAAAAUGAGUAGUAUAUCUGUGAGUGUGAAUGGACAAUGCCAAGUUCCCCCUGGCUUCAGAUUUCAACCAACGGAAGAGGAGCUCUUGCUAUAUUACCUGAGGAAGAGGGUUUCAUGUGAGAAGAUCGAUCUGGACGUAAUUCGUGAUAUUGAUCUCACUAAGCUUGAGCCAUGGGACAUUCGAGAAAAAUGCAAAAUAGGAAGCUUUCCUCAAAAUGACUGGUACUUGUUUAGCCACAAGGACAAGAAGUAUCCUAGUGGGAUGCGAACAAAUCGGGCAACCAUUGCUGGGUUUUGGAAGGCCACAGGGCGUGAUAAGGUGAUAUACAGCAACGGUAGGCCAAUUGGGUUGAGGAAAACUCUUGUGUUCUACAAUGGCAGAGCUCCACAUGGAGAAAGAUCUGAUUGGCUCAUGCAUGAAUAUAACCAUAUUGUCUCCAAUGCUAUGGGAGGGGCAGCAACAGAGGAAGAGGGAUGGGUGGUGUGUCACAUAUUCAUCAAGAAAAAGAAGAACUUGAAAACCUUAAACAGCCCUAGCAAUUCUUCCUUCAACUACAUGGGAAUUAAUACAGGUCAUAUGUUGGAUUCCUACUAUGAUGAAGGAUCUUUGGAGCAAAUGUUUCAGCAAGUGGAAAGGAAUUGUAAAGAAGAGAAUAAGGCAGAGGUGGUCAAAUACAAUACUAAACCCUUAAUAUACACCAGCAACCAGGUGAUUGGAGCCCCUGAUCCCAAGUCCUUGCAUCAAAUUGUCUCAGGGCUCACCAGUUGGGCAGCCUUUGAUCGCCUAAUUGCUUCCCAGCUCAAUGGCCACACAGCUUAGUGCAUCGAUGAUCAUCAUCGACUCCAAUUGCCAAAACCAGGACGUCUUUAAGAUCAAAUCUUAAUUAUCAUGCUCACCUGGCUAAUACGGCAAUGAUUUGUGUGUACAUACAUACGUACAGAUGUGUAUGUGUACAACCACAUAUAUAACGUAUAUCAAGACUCGAAUGUUGGAACAUAACCUAAAUGUUGGAUUUAUUGAGUCAAAAUGUGAACUAUAUUAUUUUUCCAAUAUGUACCAGAAAAAUGUUCUUCUAAAACUACAAGGGAAAACCCUAAGAAAGAAAAAUUUCAGCCACCAGCCCCCUCUCAUCCUCCCCUUCCGUCUCCUCCUUACCCUCCCAAACCUUUCCCUCCCCUAUCCACUUUUGCUCCUCACUCAUCCCCGCCAACACUGCUAUCUUGGUUGAGUUUGGUGGUGCUUGGCUGUCUUGGUGAUGACGUGGUGGCAAAUCAACUUUUAUUUACUUGUUUUAUGUUACAGUAUCUUUUGAGUUGUAAUAAGUGUACCAACUCCUGAGUUUGUUGCAUAUUUGUUGUCUCUACUUCUAUUUUAUACUUGUGGGACUUAAAAGGUUGUAGUUGCAAUUGUAGUUUGGUGCGCUAAGGUAUAUGUAUGGUUUUUCCAAGCUUGUGAAAUUUUGUAGGCUCGGUGUGGCUAUGAGUAGAGGUACACCUUUUGUGCUUGUUGUUGCUGGUGAACUCCUUUGUGUUUGGAUUAAUCCUAUGUGGUUAUUUGUAU